AUGGGCACCGGUGCCAUCUACGGCUUCAUCGAGGCAGAUGCGGGUCAGAGAGUGGUGGCCUUUUGUGGGCCCUGUACUGCCACACGCCUGGCCACUGCAUCUUCAGGCUUCUUGCCCGGGCUCUCCUUCGAAAACUUGAGAGCAGCCUCAGCCCAGCUGGCAUGGACCAGGGAGCCUGCUAUGGCGCCGGGAUUGCUAGACCAAGAGGCAUUGAAGGAGGCCGUGACCACAGCUGCGCCUCAGCUGCUGCCAGCCGAUGGAUCAUGGCUGAGGUAUUUCUGCUGGAUGACCGCUGGGCACGCUCUGGAAGGUGUGGACCGCCUUAUCUCUGAGGCAGCGCGUCCAGAGUCUGCCGACUUAGCUGCAGCAGCUUCUGUGUGGGCGGCUGCGCUCGGUCGAGAGGCUCUUGCGGACUUCCUGGAGAGGCUAUCCGCCAGAUGUGAAGCAUCACAGAUGUCUGCUGCGUUGCGCCCAGCCCUUCGCAUCCGCCGUGCAGGACGGGAGCGGGAGACCGAUGAAGAGCAGCUGUUCACCCACAUCUUUGAUGGUCAUGUGGCAGGUGUCAUUUUCGACUUGGCUGCCGGCGCAGAUGCAGAGGCACCGGGGCCCGCCAUCCACCGAGGCGACGUUGGCUGCUGCAGGUGGACUCCGCUGGCGGCUGCUGCAGAGAUUUCAGGUCGACGGAAGCAAGGUGCAGUUAUUGCGGGCCUGCUCUUAGCCGCAAAGGCAAAUGUAGACCGGAAAUGUCCGGGGCCGUGUGGAUGGACUCCGCUGAUGCGCGCUGCGUGUGGUCCUCGAACUUGGCGAGAG